CAUGCGCAAAGUUAGCGUUAGCCGUUGUUGGUUAUGAAAUAUAUAUCUCGGCUCGAUUGAUAAUUUCUUCCUUUUUUUUUUUAUCACGUUAUAAGUUAUCAAGAAUUAAACGUAAUAUCAAUUGAUCGAAGAAGAUGAACUUUUUAUCGAAUUUAAACAAUCAGAUGUCUCUUUUACAACAACCUUCGUUGCGUCGUUAUAUACAUGUAUGUACAGUCCUUAAUAAAGUGCAAUCUGGUCGUUAUAAACCAACGCUAAAGAAAACUUUACGUUUAACAUACGAGAUGGCUAAUCGGCCUCAUUAUAUUGCUCACAGAAAAUCAUGGAAUUCUUGGAAUACAUCAAAUAUAGUGGAUGGCAACAGACCGGCGGAAACAGCAUUGGAAGAUAUAUUUAUUAGACGUUUCAUGACAGGAACAUGGCACAAUUUAUUUAUAUCUGAAAUAAUAAUUAAAAGACAACAUAAUUUGAUCAGAAUUGGUGGUAUUAUUCAACGUUCUAUACAUCCUAGUAAGAUAUACUUUUUGACCGGUUACACUGAAGAAUUUUUGAGCCGUUGGUUACAAUCCCCUGUGAAAAUAGAAAUAGUAACGGCACUUAAAGAUUCAACUACAUUUAAAUAUAUUUAAGAAUUAAAUAAAGCUGCGAUCAAACUACAUAAGGAUUGUAAAAAAAUUUGGAAUAAAAAAGUAUAUAAUAAAAA